AUCACCGUGGAGAACUAUGAGCAGGCUGCCAAGAGCCUGGCCAAGGCCCUGAUGAUCCGGGAGAAGUAUGCCCGUCUCGCCUGUCACCGCUUCCCACGCACCACGGCCCAGCACCUGGGUCAUUGGCGGACAGAUGCUGCACCUCCGGAAGAGGGCCUCCCAGAUUUCCACCCUCCCCCACUGCCCCAGGAAGACCCUUACGGCCUGGAUAAUGCUCCCCGCAACCUGGGCUUCCUGGUCCGCAUGCAGGCGGGCAUCCUCUACGUGUACGAUAACACGGAGAUGCUGGAGCGCCAGGAGCCCCACAGCCUGCCCCACCCGGACCUGGAGACCUACACGGUGGACGAGAGCCACGUCCUGGCUCUCAUCACCCGUGGCCCCACGAAAACGUAUUGUCACCGGCGACUGAACUUUCUGGAAUCCAAGUUCAGCCUUCACGAGAUGCUAAAUGAAAUGGCCGAGUUCAAAGAGUUGAAGAGCAGCCCUCACGACUUCUAUAACGUGAGAAAGGGGGACACGCACAUCCGCGCGGCUGCCUGCAUGAACCAGAAGCACCUGCCGCGCUUCAUCAAGCAUACGUACUAGACGGAGCCCGACAGGACAGUUGCCAAGGAGUGGGGCCGGAAGAUCACCCUGCGGCAGGUGUUCGACAGCCUGCACAUGGACCCGUACGACCUCACUGUGGACUCGCUGGAUGUCCAUGCGGGUCGGCAGACGUUCCACCGCUUUGACAAGUUCAACUCCAAAUACAACCCCGUGGGGGCCAGUGAGCUCCAAGACCUGUAUUUGAAAACUGAAAACUACCUGGGAGGAGAGUACUUUGCUCAGACGGUCAAGGAGGUGGCCCAGGAGGUGGCCCAGGAGCUGGAGGAGAGCAAGUACCAGUACUCAGAGCCACGGCUCUCCAUCUACGGCUGCAGUCCUGAGGAGUGGCCCGACCUGGCCCGCUGGUUCAUCCAGCACAAGGUCUACUCACCCAACAUGCGCUGGAUCAUGCAGGUGCUCCGGAUCUAUGACAUAUUUAGGUCAAAGAAGCUGCUGCCAAGCUUUGGGAAGAUGCUGGAGAACAUCUUCCUGCCCCUUUUUGAGGCCAUCAUUAAUCCUCAAGAUCACUGAGAGCUUCACCUCUUCCUCAGAUAUGUGAUGGGGUUUGACAGCGUGGAUGAUGAGUCCAAGCACAGCGAUCACAUGUUCUCAGACAAGAGCCCCAGCCCGGACGUCUGGACCAGCGAGCAGAACCCGCUCUACAGCUACUACCUGUACUACAUGUAUGCCAACAUCAUGGUGCUCAACAACCUCCGCAGGGAAUGGGGCCUGAGCACGUUCCUGUUCCGGCCUCACUGCGGGGAGGCUGGCUCCAUCACUCACUUGGUAUCUGCUUUCCUGAUUGCCGACAACAUUUCCCAUGGGCUGCUCCUCAAGAAGAGUCCGGUGUUGCAGUAUCUCUACUACCUUGCUCAGAUCCCCAUUGCCAAGUCUCCUCUUAGCAACAACAGUCUGUUCCUCGAAUAUUUCAAAAACCCUCUGAGGGAAUUCCUGCAUAAGGGACUGCAUGUUUCUCUCUCCACCGAUGACCCCAUGCAGUUCCACUACACGAAGGAAGCACUUAUGGAGGAAUACGCAAUUGCGGCUCAAGUGUGGAAGCUGAGCACGUGUGACCUGUGUGAGAUCGCCAGGAACAGUGUGCUGCAGAGCGGC